AAUCCUCCCACACUGCGUUUCGUGACUGAACGUGUACGUGCGUGUUUGAGGUGGGUGGAGGGCGUGGAGGGGGUGAGGGGGGGGGGGGGGGGGGUUGUAAUCGCUCACAUUUCUAAAUAGGAGGAGAACGCACGGAAAGCAGCGCAAGUUUUCAGUCGGCGUGGUGUCAGCAUCCACCAGGUGAAGCUGCAAACACACAUCGUGGCCCCCACCCCCACCCCUCCCGGAUCCUCAGGUCUUGAUGCCCGCGCUCUCCAAAACAUGAGUAGCAGUGGGCCCAAAGAGCCGUCCCCUCCCGGGCCCGCCUCCCCCGAGCCCGAGCAGCGCAGGGGGCGAGGUCGUCCACGCAAGCAUCGGCCGGUUUCUGGGGAGGAGCCUGUCGGACCGCCGACUCCUAAACGACCAAGAGGAAGGCCCAAGGGCAGCAGGAACAAAGGCCCGAAAACUCCCCUUAAGAGAGUCGAGGCGGCCGGAGAAAGACGGCGGCGGGGGCGACCGAGGAAAUGGUUGCAGAAGUUGGUUGAAGAAGGAAGUGAAGAGCAAAAGGUGCAGUCAGAGGAAGGGGGGCCGGAGCGCUCUUCGCCUCAAGAGGAAGGCCAGUAAAGCGAAGCAUCGUCACGCUACCUCCGGGUUUGGCCUGAGGAACGACACUCCGGUGGUGUGAUACGUUGAAAUUAUUGACCACCUUGCUGAGAGUCACGGAUAAAAAAAUAGACACAAGGCCACCGAAAAAGUUGAACUCUCAGUAAAAAGGCGAUUUUCAUUCACCAGAAGUUUCUACUGAGGCUGCACGCUCUAUGUUGCGGUUUUCCCCAACUCUUAUUGCUCUAAGGCACAUAAACCACGUACACGUAAAAGUUUCAGGACAUUUGUCCAGCUGUUCGGUAUUUCCCUACUUUUUGGUAAAAGGGCAAAAUCCCCAAAGGGCUUUCAUUGACAAGAGUGUCCACUUUUAUGGCUUUCUGUGACUCUUCCAGUCUCCUAAACUUUUUUUGUCACGGGCCACAUCGUAGUUGCGUUUUCCCUCAGAGGGCCGUUAUGACUGUCAAGCCAUAAAAAUCUUUCAUCACCUCAUCAUAUUUUCACGUGAAAUUCAUCAACUGGUUUUGGAAUCAGAAAAUAAGGGGGGGGGGGUGUUUUUCAACGACGGUUGGUGUUUGGUGACGCAAAAAGCCUCAUAAUACAUUAAUAUGUCGUGAUCAUUUAUGACAGCGGUGUCAAACUCGUUUUUGUUGCGGGCCACAUCGCAGUUACGCGGACGUCCGUUACGCCGAUAAAAAAUCUCCUCCUGAUAAUCGCCUCACCAUGUUUACCCACAAAAUUUAUGAGCUCCUUUUGGAACCGGAACUCAAGGCGGUGCUUAUGUUUGGUAACACAAAAAUACUUAUAUCGCCAAGUUAUCAUUUAUGAUCUAUGACAAAUUGACAUUUUGGUACCGAUUCCCACAAGAAUCAGGGAUGAUGACAAACAUGAUUUGCCUUGGCGCGUCACAUAAAAUCAUGUGGUGGACUGGAUCUGGCCCCCAGGCCUUAAGUUUGACACCUCGGAUUUAUGAUGUAUGACAAUUUGAGGCGGAACAGUGGUUCAGCUGAUAAUACAUUGGCCUCACUGUUCUUAAGUUCCGGGUUCGAUCCCGGACCCGCCUGUGUGGAAUUUGCAUGUUCUCUCCAUGCCUGCGUGGGUUUUUUUCCGGGCACUCCGGUCGAAAUUGCCCCUAGGUGUGAUUGUGAUUGUGAGUGCGUCUGUUUGUCUCAAUGUGCCCUGCGAUUGGGUGGUGACCGGUUCAGGGUAUACCCCGCCUCCUGCUGGUUGACAGCCGGGAUAGGCUCCAGCGCUCCCCAUGACCCUUGUGAGGAUAAGCGGCAAAGAAAAUAGAUGGAUGUAUGGAUGACAAUUUGAAAUUUUGGUAAAGAUUUUCACUAGAAUCAUGGAAGUUGACCUUCAGGGGCCACAUAAAAUCAUGUGGCGGGCCGGAUCUGGGCCCCGGGCCUUGAGUUUGACACCUGGGAUUUAUGAUAUCUGACAGUGUCCAUUUUCACUGGAAUCAUGGACGUUGAUCUUCAGGGGCUACAUAAAAUUAUGCAAAUUGUUCGUGUACAAAUAUAAUAAGACAUUUUCAUCCACCGUACGCAUAAGGCAAAAAAAUCUUGUGACAUUUUAUAACCGCCACCAUUUCAAAAAUAUCAGUUCAGGUACAAAACAAUUCAGGAGCGUGUUUUCCGGUCUACGUGCUAACUUUGGGAUUUGUUUUUAUUUUUGCGCAUUUGUGUGUUUGUGUGUUUUACUGUUUACUGUCAGUAUUGAAAUUACGACCUCACGGAAACCAAAGUUACCUCAGCAAAAAAAUGGAUUUAAAACUGAAAUGUGACUUUGUUUUCUGAAAAUGAGGCAAAUACACCAACUUAAUGAAAUAUCUUAGAAUGUAGUUUCUUAUGAAAUUUGUACCCAGUUUUUUGACCAUAUGUCUGAUUUUUACACUGUAUAUUAUACGGGUAGACAAUUCAUGUAAAUUUUUUUUUUUUUUUUUUACUAUUUUGUAUGUGAACGCAAUCUCUAUCAGCAAUUUAUUUUUUAAUUUGGGCAACAUUUGAUCAUAUUUUCUAAGCAGUUCGGUUGUGGAUUGUUGAAUAUCUCGAAAAGAUUCUCCGGAGUGAUUUUCCGGCGGUGUCUUAAUGAUCGGAGGAGACUCGUGAUCGUCGGUUGAGAUAUCGUGAUGUGUGCAGUCCGUCGUGUUCGUCAUCAGAUUUUUUUUUUUCACUCGACAUUUGUGGGUCAGGUCUCUCAUAUAUAUUUUAAAAGAUGAAAAAAAAAAAAACGGUUAAGGUGGGGUAGUCGUACUAAUAAUCGGGCCAAAUAUGAGGAUUUUGAAAAUCUUAUCCUGAGCGAUUACGCUUUUGUGUGUUGACUUUUUUUCCCCGCCCCAAUCACCUUGGAAAAUGAACAUGGCUGACAAUCAUAAAUGUUAACCAAUAGUUAUGAUGGCAAUCCAUUAUUAUUAAAAGUCAUUUAUGACUUGUGACUCGUAAUUGCAUAUCGUUGAGCGCUUGGUGUGGUGUGCUGCUGAUCUCUAGUACACUGAUUUUUGUGUAUUUAUACAUUUUUUUCCUGGACGAACAUAAUUCUACAUAAUGGUUAUUGUUUGAAAAAAAAUAAAUUAUGAUUAUAAAACUUUUUUUGACAGAGAAGAUGAACGUUUUUCUUCUCUUCCUAGUAGGUUGCAAGCACACAAAACCCAAAUGACUCUUUGAUUUAUGAAACCACAAUAACUGAUUUGUCAUGUAAACAACACUUUAACCGCACUGUUAGCCGCUAACAUUAGCCGCUAAUCGUCGUACAAGGCCAGACCGUUCAAUAGUUUCAGUUUGAAAUGUUUUCAGAAUGUGACCCAAAAUGUACAAAAAUUGACUUUCGCUACAAUUGUUAGUUAGCCGCUAACGUUAGCCACAAAUCACAGUUAAAAAGAUGAGCAGAUUGUUUACUAAUUACAGUUUUGCAGGCCUUUGACUCGCUUAUUGUCGCCAGUAGUUUUCCAAAACAUGACCUUUUGGUUAUUUUGAGUAAUUUUCUUUGUAAUUUGGUCCACCAUCUUCAAUCGCUGCACUUGUUUAACUACAAAUUACAUUGAGGGUAUUUGUGAACAUUUUUACCCAUGUUGAGCACAAGCUGUGUGUUGAUUGUUUCCUUCCAUAAAAGGUCAACUUUUUUUGUGUUAUUUUUAUACGAUCUCAUCCACGUGUCAUUAUGUGUUGCAAUCGUAUUGGGUGGCAAUGAUUUUAUAAGCGGCAACUUGUCAAUUUUUGUUUUUUUUUUUAAUGCCAUGUCACCUUUUUCGCACUUAUGUUCAUUGGCUUGACUUU